AUGCCAUCCCAUUUCGACACUCUACAACUGCACGCGGGCCAGGAAGACGCGACUGAAAACGCGCACAACCCAAGAGCCGUUCCUAUCUACGCCACCUCUUCGUAUGUGUUCAACGACUCUCAGCACGGUGCGCAGCUGUUCGGGCUCGAGAAGCCCGGGUACAUGUACUCGCGUAUCGUGAACCCCACUGUGGAUGUGUUCGAGAGGAGAAUCGCUGCGCUCGAGGGUGGUGUCGCAGCUUUGGCCGUGGCUUCCGGCCAGGCUGCACAGGCCUUGGCCAUCAGCGGUCUGGCCCACGCCGGCGACAACAUUGUGUCCACCUCUUUCUUGUACGGUGGUACCUACAACCAGUUCAAGGUGGCCUUCAGAAGACUCGGUAUCGAGACCAGAUUCAUCGAGGGUGACAAGCCAGAGGACUUUGAGAAGGCGUUCGACGACAAAACCAAGGCUGUUUACCUGGAAACCAUCGGCAACCCCAAGUACAACGUCCCAGACUUCGAGAAGAUCGUCGCAGUGGCCCACAAACACGGAAUCCCUGUCGUCGUUGACAACACCUUCGGCGCCGGCGGUUACUUCGCGCAGCCUAUCAAGUACGGUGCCGACAUCGUCACACACUCCGCCACCAAGUGGAUUGGCGGCCACGGUACCACAAUUGGUGGUGUUAUCGUCGAUUCCGGUAAAUUCCCAUGGAAGGAGUACCCAGAGAAGUUCCCACAGUUCUCUAAGCCUUCUGAGGGCUACCACGGCUUGGUUAUCAACGACGCUUUGGGACCCUUGGCCUACAUCGGCCACGUGAGAAUUGAGCUGCUGAGAGACUUGGGUCCAGCUUUGAACCCAUUUGCGGCCUUCCAGCUUCUCCAGGGUGUUGAAACCCUGUCCCUGAGAUGCGAGAGACACGCCACAAACGCACUGAAGCUGGCACAGUACCUAGAAAAGUCUCCAUAUGUUUCGUGGGUGUCGUACCCAGGCCUUUCAUCUCACUCUCACCACGAAAAUGCCAAAAAGUAUCUGCAAAACGGUUUCGGUGGUGUCCUGUCCUUUGGUGUCAAGGACUUGCCAAACGCCCAUGAGAUCGAGGACCCUUUCAAGGCCUCCGGUGCUCAAGUUGUCGACUCUCUCAAAAUUGCCUCCAACCUGGCCAACGUCGGUGACUCGAAGACUUUAGUUAUCGCCCCAUACUUCACUACCCACCAACAAUUGACCGACGAAGAGAAGCUGGCUUCUGGUGUUACUAAGGACUUGAUUCGUGUCUCUGUUGGUACUGAAUUCAUCGAUGACAUUAUCGGCGACUUCGAGCAAGCCUUUGAGAAGGUCUUCAAUGGCCAGAAGCCAUGA